AUGACAACAUUUUCUAUUGCUUCGAUUCUCGGUGAUGAAAAUCCAAAACACGACAAAGAAGACAAUGAUAGCAACACAAAUACCAUUGAUGAACAACGACAACAUCAACAAUUUCUCUUGAACAAUAGUGUUCAACAUUUAUACAACAUUUUCUGCAAAAAUGCUGCACUUGCUGUUCGAUUGAACGAUCAACAUCAGAACAAAACUAAUCUAAUUCGAUCGUUUCCUCUUGAAGCAUCAUCACCCUCAUCAACAGAUUUUUAUUCUCUACACAAACUUAGUUCGACAUCUUAUCAAGGUUCACCAAUCUCGUAUUACGGCAAAUCUCGUCGACCACGGACAGCAUUCACUUCACAACAGCUACUUGAAUUGGAAAAACAAUUUCGAGAGAAUAAAUAUCUUUCGAAACCAAAACGAUUCGAAGUAGCCACAUCAUUAAUGCUAAGUGAAACUCAAAUUAAAAUCUGGUUUCAAAAUCGUCGAAUGAAAUGGAAACGAAACAAAAAACUACCUUCGGAUGAUUCUUCAACAUCAAUGGUUAUUAAAGAUGAGCCAUUCGAUACUACGGAUUCACCUUCAUCAUCAGCUACAAUGAGUCCAAGCUAA